UCUUGAGUGUCUGUCUGGACGGCGAAUUUAGUUAACGGUAUUUAACACCGUUUGAGACGAAUUUCAAACUAUUCAGUCAUUUGUCGGUGCUGUUUUGUUAUAUGAAGACUCUGUAGAGUCUUCUUCAUGUAACAAAUGUCGAGACAAAGAGAUUAGGACUCAGUCACAGUAGGUCGUGGACUGCACGCGGACUGUCAUAUGUGAUCAAUGCUUAUUUUAAUCGCGCAAAAAUUGAUGACGUCAGAGCUUUUGGGAAUACAGUCGCGCGUGAUUAAACUGCGAUCAGAUUGAUUUCGCUGUAUCGCGUUUGCAAAAUGAUUUUGGAUGUAGCGCUAAGUGUAAAGAGGCAUGAAGUGUCCGGAGUAUUUUAGAAGGAAUUAAGCAUGAUUUUUAAUCUAUCCGUCUCGAGGAACACUUUAUAAACUUUUGUAAUUGUUGAUUUGAAGAACCAGAGAUCAAGUUUUGUUGUGACAACAUGGAACUCUUUUGGAUUGCUUUCUUCGUUUUUGACAUAAUUUUCAUGACAGACUGUGCCAGAGGUCCUCCACGUGUAGCAGAGAAGAUUGCCCACCGGCAGACUGUGAGGAUUGGACGCACCAUGAAACUUCAAUGUCCUGUGGAAGGGGACCCACCACCUCUCAUUAUGUGGACCAAAGAUGGACGGAACAUCCACAGCGGUUGGAUGCGCUUCAGAGUUCUCCAGCAAGCCCUGCGUAUCACAGAGGUGGAGGCAGAGGAUGCUGGAACUUUCAUUUGCAAAGCCACCAAUGGCUUCGGCAGUGUCAACAUUAACUACACCCUUAUCGUCAUCGAUGACUCUGGGAGCGCUGGGAGGGAAGGUGCUAGACCAGCUGGUGAAACCGAUUACUCCACUGACCAGACGGGUAAACUGGUGCGGCCCCGUUUCACACAGCCGGCCAAAAUGAGGAAGCGUGUGAUUGCCCGGCCGGUGGGCAGUUCAGUCCGACUCAAGUGCACUGCCAGCGGGAACCCCAGACCUGACAUUGUUUGGCUAAAGGACAGCAGACCUCUGACACCCGAGGAGGUGGGUGAGGGGCGUAAGAAGAAGUGGACCCUCAGCCUGAAGAACCUUACGCCCGAACAUAGCGGCAAAUACACCUGUCAUGUGUCCAACCGCGCCGGAGAGAUCAACGCAACCUAUAAAGUGGAAGUCAUCCAGCGCACAAAUUCAAAGCCCAUCUUAACGGGCACUCAUCCAGUGAAUACUACAGUAGACUAUGGUGGCACCACGUCUUUCCAGUGCAAAGUGCGUAGUGAUGUCAAGCCGGUUAUCCAAUGGUUAAAGAGGGUCGAACCUGGUGAUGAGAGCAAGUACAACUCGACCAUUGAAGUUGGGGACCAUCGCUUUGUUGUAUUGCCUACGGGUGAAGUGUGGUCACGUCCAGACGGCUCCUAUUUGAACAAGCUACUUAUCACCCGGGCAAAGGAGGAGGAUGCUGGCAUGUAUAUCUGCCUGGGGGCCAAUACUAUGGGCUACAGCUUCCGCAGUGCCUUCCUUAAUGUGCUGCCUGACCCAAAGCCACCAUUCUCUCCGAUUCCUUCUCUGCUACCCCCAAGUCUACCCUGGCCCGUCAUCAUUGGCAUCCCUGCAGGAGUUGUCUUUAUCCUGGGUACCAUCCUUCUUUGGUUCUGCCAGUCCAGGAAGCACUGUUCCUCAGGAGCCAUAAUCUCAGCCCAGACCUUACCCAACGGCCACCGGCAACCACCCAGAGACCGAAUCCUACCGCCCACCGAUAAAGACUGCAUGGGCUCUGUCACCUAUGAGGAAUAUCUGGUCCAGCAGCAACAACAGCAACUUCUACUUGCACAGGCUGUUCCAAAAGUCUACCCAAAGAUCUACUCAGACAUGCAUACACACACCCACUCGCAUAUGGACGGCAAUGUUCACCAGCACCAACACAUCCAUUACCAAUGUUAGCCCCUGUUUUCGGGAAUGGAGAUCUUCCAACUUACUGUACAGUACAAUCCUCACCACAAACAAACAGGAAACUAGUUCUGGCUCCUUCUGGUUCUAUUUCUUUACUUUUUGGAUGUAUUAUGGAAGUGUUUUAGCCAAAACAGUACAGUAUAUAGGCCAAAGUGGGUCAGGGCUGCUACCACUACUAAUGUUAGCCCUCGUCCUCACUUAUGGAGGCCUUACUACCUACAAUGCUCAAAACAAAUGGGAAACUGGAUUUGAUUUACAUAUUUCAAUGACCUAUUAGGUCAUGACCUUUUAGCCAAAAUAGGGCAGUAUGUGGUCAAAGUGGGUCAUGGCUGCCUCAAACAAACAUUUCUGCUCGAAGUCUAGACAAUGGAAAGACAAUUGAGCCAUGUUGUUUCAUUCUAACCGAUCUCUCGUUCUGAAUACAAGGAGCUCAAUGACAUUUUGAACAGUGGGGUGGAAAAGGGACAAAUGAUGAUGAUAUGUCAAUCUAGUUUGGAAUGGAGAAACAUUCAUGUUUCAAAGAAACAUUGCUGCAGAUUUUGUAUGGGACGACAUAUUGUUUAUAUCCAGCAGUAACUGAAUUGGGUGAAUGUAUUGUGUCCUUGUUAAAGCUUAGUGUCUUUAACUGUUGUUUGGCCAAGUCAGGGGUGUCCAAACUUAUUCGGUCUGGUGCCAAAUGUCGAAAAAAUAUAAGGUACCGCAGGCCGCAUUGCUGUAAUAAUAAAAAAAAUGGCUAGAAGCUACUAGAUUGUCACUAUGCAUAAACGUUUUAUUGUAUCCUUAAUAUUAUGCCAGUUUUAAUCAUAAGUUUUGCUCUAAGGAAUGCUUGUGUAGGCCCUACAUUUAAAUAAAAGAUAGGGUAUUUCACUCACAAAGAACUCUUAUAAUGGAACAGUCUUAUACAAAAUGUUAUACUAAUUUAUUCCCAUUUUUAUCUUUUUGAUGUCCAUUCAGUGGAACUGAAAAGAACAUAUAGAUCUGCUACUGAGUGUUGGAUGUGACCCAUCACAAUUAUCAGAAUCAGAUUACAUUUUAUCACUUUUUGAAGUGAUGCAACGUAUUACUCUUUAGUUUUCGAGGAAUUACUCUUUAUAGCUAUACAAUUAUAACUUCUGUUCUGUUGUUACUGUAAGAUUUUUAUUUUAUAAAAUGAUCACGCUUCAUUUUAUUUUGUAGACAUGCAUGUGCAAGCUAAGCGCGCAUCAGGCACAGAUGUGUAAGUGUUUUAAAUGCUCUCUUCUACGGUAUGUCCUCAUUCAAAUGGUGCUGGGAAGCCCAUGCAUAUUGUUUUCUCAUUUCAAUGAAAUAUCAGAACAAACCAAUUAAUUACAGUAUACUUCCCUGUCGCCUCAAAGCAAGAAGGUCCCGGCUAAUUCUGUUCUAUUUCUUAAUUCUCUCGCGGGCCGCAUCGUAGAAGUCAGAGGGCCGGACUUUGGACACCCCUUGGCUAAGAGAACUAAUGGCACAAUAUUUUUAUACAAUGUUUUUAUAAGCCCAUUGACACAUUUUUUUAACUGGGCCAAAGUUCACUUUUUCUUUUUUUCUUUUUUUUUUCUUAACACCACAUCUCAGUGAAAUGUAUUUGUACUUUUGCAUGCAAAACCGAAUUGUUUGCAGAUAUUGGGAGAUCCAGUUACAACUCAUUUAAUAACAUCUGAAAAUGUUGAUUCUUCGAUCUCCACAGGUUCUUUAAAGACAAGUUGAAUGCAUGAGGGCAUAUACUGUAUGUUUAGUUUUUGCAUAUUCUGCCGGUAUGAUAAUGAGUUUUUACAAUAAGAACUGGUGUAGGUUCAAUCAAUCGAAGAUCUAGUUUCCUUGUCUAAUUGUAUCUUUAUUCCACUUAAUGGAAAAAGAGAAUAUUCUUGAGCUAUAGUUAGAUAAUAACUUAAGGCAUUGUACGGUUCUGGCAAGGGGUGCCUCGUGUUUUUCAUUAAAAUUGUACUUCUAUUUGUAGGGCUUAAUCUGAAUAACCUGAGGUACCGCAACCCCAUAGUUGUUCUAUGGCCUUUGUGUGUGUGUGCGUGCGUGCGUGCGUGUGUGUGCAUGUGCGCGUGCGUGUGUGUUUGGGGAGGGAGUUGAAUUUUCAUAAGCUUGACCACUAUAACGAAGACUGUGUAAAAUGCCUUUGACUGCUCAUGCAAUGGCUCUCCUUUAAUAUUCACUGAACAGAACUGAGUCUCAAUUCUUGAGUUUCAAAGACAAACUAUAGACUGAAGCUCAUACGUAUUGUCAUGUGAUGUCUGUGUUUACCAUUAUGUUCAAGGUAAUGGAUCAAAUGACUGUGGGAAUACAGGAAUGCACUUAACCUGGACAUCUGUUUGCUACAUUUUUAAAUUCAUUGUCCCUAUUAUUUUCAAGUAAUCCAAAAAAGGAAACCGUGUCAAACUUUAAACAAUUAAUUUAUUUGUAAGCUAUUUUUUUAUGCUUCAAAUUGGGCAUUAUCUACAUGUUUAAACCAAAUACAAGUAUACAGCAUUGUCUUCCUCUUAGCUGCAGUGUAAGCUAUGUAGCAUAUAUCAAGUGUUAAAUAUUUAUAUAUGGUGUUGAAGAACGUGACACAACAUUCAUAAUUAGGUAUCUUUGUAUGGACAAUCUUGUACAGUCUGGCCUGUUAUUAUGUUAAAAAAUAUGCGUGUGUCACAUUGAAACAUUUCAUUAUAAAAUGAUAAAGUUUGUGUU